AUGGGUUUCAAGGGUUUCAACGACUGGAUCGAUAAAACCAACUUGCGGGUUGCCCGCAGUCCCGUGGGGACAUGGUUUCGUCUGGAUGGCUCCGGACAUCCUCGAGAGAGGAAGGGUAGUUACUUCUUCACUGAAAUUCGCGCCGGCCUCGCCACCUUUUUCGCCAUGGCAUACAUCAUCUCCGUGAACAGCAACAUUACCUCGCUGACCGGUGGUACCUGCGUCUGCCCCCCGGAGGACAUGGGAGAUUACUGCGCAACCAAUGCCGAAUACGCUCUGUGCACGCAAGAAGUCAAUCGUGAUCUCGUUACCGCCACCGCCGCUAUCGCCGCUCUGUCAACCUUCUGCAUGGGAUUGUUCGCUAACUUGCCCAUUGCGCUUGCACCUGGAAUGGGUCUGAACGCUUACUUCGCUUACACUGUUGUUGGACCCCGUGGUUCCGGCAUGGUUCCCUACUCGACAGCCCUGACGGCGGUUUUCGUCGAGGGAUGGGUAUUCCUGGGCUUGACAUUCAUCGGUAUGCGACAGUGGCUGGCACGUGCGUUGCCUGCCUCUAUCAAACUCGCAACGGGUGUCGGUAUCGGUCUUUAUCUUUCAUUGAUCGGUUUGACCUACAGUGCCGGUAUUGGAUUAGUUCAGGGUGGCAGAGAUACUCCUAUGGAGUUGGCUGGUUGUCCCGAUGGCAGUUUCGAUGAGUUGACUGGUCUUUGCUUGAGCAGCGAGAAGAUGCGCAGUGCUACAAUGUGGAUUGGUAUCUUCUGUGGUGGUAUCCUGACCGCUAUGCUGAUGAUGUACCGCGUGAAGGGUGCCGUUAUUAUCGGCAUUCUGUUGGUUUCUAUCAUCUCUUGGCCUCGCACUACCCCCGUCACCUACUUCCCUUACACCGAUCUUGGAACCAGCAAGUUUGAUUUCUUCAAGCAAGUUGUCACUUUCCAUCCCAUCAAGCAUACUUUACUGGCCCAAGAUUGGGAUAUCUCCGGUAAGGGUGGCGAAUUCGGACUUGCUUUCAUCACUUUCUUGUAUGUCGAUAUUCUGGAUACCACCGGUACAAUGUACUCCAUGGCCCGAUUCGCCGGUGUGAUCGACGAGGAGACCCAAGAUUUCGAGGGCAGCGCCAUUGCCUACAUGGUUGACGCGAUUUGCAUCUCAAUCGGAGCCCUGUUCGGAAGUCCCCCCGUCACAGCAUUCGUCGAGUCCGGCGCCGGAAUUUCCGAAGGAGGAAAGACUGGUCUGACAUCCUGUGUCACCGGUUUCGCCUUCUUUAUUGCUGUGUUCUUCGCGCCGAUCUUUGCUUCCAUUCCCCCUUGGGCCACGGGUUGCACGCUCGUGAUCGUCGGUGCUAUGAUGGCCAAGGCUGCCCAGGACAUCAACUGGCGUUACUACGGCGAUGCCAUCCCUGCUUUCCUUACCAUGGCCGUCAUGCCGUUCACAUACAGUAUCGCCUACGGCCUGAUCGCUGGUAUCACCAGCUACAUCACCCUGAACGGUAUCGCCUGGAUCCUUGAGAAAGUCAGCGGCGGACGUAUCGUUCCCCCCAACAAGGACGAGUCAGAUCCUUGGUCUUGGAAGCUCAAGGGUGGAUUCCUUCCCCCUGGGUUAACCGUGCUGCUCACGGAAAGCCCAAUUUCUGGAAAGCCGAUGAGGAAUAUGCCGAGGAGCAUGUCGCCUCUGGCGAAGCCCUUUCCUUCUCUUCCUCUUCCGAGGAUCGUGCGGUCAAUGAGAAAACCCAUGACCCUACAGAGGCGCGACCCGUGA